AUGGAGAGAUACAAACCUUUGAAGGAGUUAAAAAUUACCCAAGCACGUCUUUUAAUGAUUGGAGAAGUUGGCGCAGGGAAAUCGAGUUUCUUUAAUACUAUCAACUCAAUAUUUAGAGGCUAUAUUACAAGUCAGGCUUGUAGUGGAAAUGCAGAACAUAGCCUUACAACUGUAUAUAGGAUGUACCAAAUCAGAAAUGGUGAAACUGGGAAGCCAAUGAAUUUUCGACUUCAUGACACUAGAGGAAUCGAAGCUGAUCAAGGAGUUGAUGCAAAUGAAAUGUCUUAUUUACUCGAUGGCAAUAUACCAGAUCGUCACCAGUUCAAUCCAUCUGUCCCAGUUUCCACAGAUACACUAGGUUUUGUAGCGAGCCCACACCUAAGUGAGAAAAUCCACUGUGUGGUGUUUGUUUUAGAUGGCAGCACCGUAGAUGUAAUGGCAGAAAAGGUCAUUGAGAGGCUAAAAAACUUACAGAUGCGCAUGAACCAAAGAGGCAUUCCGCAAGUGGUUUUAUUAACAAAGAUCGACAAGAUUUGUGAGAUAACAGGGGAAGAUUUAUCAAAUGUCUUUCACAGUCCUUUGAUCAGAGAAACCGUUGACAGAGUUUCGCAGAUAAUGGGACUACCGAGGUCACACAUCCUUCCAGUAAAAAAUUAUGAAUCUGAGAUGGACCUUAAUGAUAAUGUGAACAUCCUUGCUUUGAUGACCUUACAGCAGAUGCUACAUUUUGCUGAUGACUACAUGUAUAACUACCUUGAUCAACUUGAAGAGGGCAAAUUGCAACAACUUAACAUUAGAGAAUAAUUUUAUAGGUUUUUGCAUUUGACAAUUU